AUAUCCAGAUAUAAACUCCAAAUAAAAUGGUUUAAAGGGAAAAAGGCAGCCGCAGCCGCAGCAGCAAAACAAAAAGAUCUAGAGCGACGUCUGGAAGAGCAAAGAUUAAAACUGUUGGAAAGUAGCAGCUCUUUAAGCACCGAAACAGAAUCUACCGAAUCCUUUACAUCGUUUGAAGAAGUAACACCCGAAGAAGAGCCUAAAAAUAUAUUGGAAACUUUAUAUGACACCGAUACUGAAUCACUAGGGGAAGAAGAGCAUGUGGAUGUUGAAACUGUAACAUUACCAGAAGAGGGUGACUUCUUUGAGGGUUUUAGGGAAAUACCCAAUGUUGAAACUAUUUCAGAGGAUAUAUCGGUGGCUUCAGUUAUCAUAGAAAAAACUGUGCACGAGGUGGAUGCGUCCAAGGACAUGGGAAAAUUUGUAAAUCCAUUGACUGGGCUAGAAAUGAGAGGCAGCGCUGGUUCGUCAUCUUCAUCAAGUGAAGGACACAAAGAUGAUGAUGAAAACGAUGAGGAAGAUGAGAGUUCUUUUAAAGAUAUGUCGCAAGAAAGUGAAAUCCUAUUACCCAAAGAUGUGCUGGAUCUUGACGAAGAUGUCAGAAAACCUGCAGCCAUAGAAGAUACUUUAGAAACAUUUUUAGAACUUGAACUAGAAGCGGAGGUGUUACAGGCAGAAGAAAUCGAUUGGGAAGCUUUAGCUCGGGAAGAAGAAGCUCUGCGUUUACAACAAAAUACCCAAAACUUCUUAAAUGAACUGAUUAAUAAAGCAGUCGAAAUGGCAGAAUAUGUUAGUCCUGAAAGGAUUCUAAAGCAAAAUCUUGAUAAACGUAAAUUGCUUAUGGAGUUGGCUGUCACAUAUCCGAAUUACCUAACAGAAAAAUCUCGUUGUGAAUUUCUGAAUCGCCAGAUAGUGCAACAUUUUAGACGCAAAAAAUCAUUUCGUCCCAUCAUGGAAGACAAUCCAACCUUGCAACAGGAUAAACAAAAAUUAUAUUUUGCUAAAAAACGUUUAGACGAAAUAUUGGCUAGAGAAAUGAAAUUAUUAAAUUCUUCGACAAAUGUCCAAAGUGAAUUGAGUGAACAAUAUGAUGAAUUGAAAAAGGAGGUUGAGGAAAAGAUUGAAAUAUUCGAGAGUAAAGUUAGGAAAUAUUUAACACGCGAAUGUUGGCCUAAACUAAAUGGAAUUAUUGAACAAUUAUUGCUAAAAAUGGGAAAAUAUCGCAAAGAAGUCAGUGAAGUUAGAUUUACCUUGUUUCUGCAACAACACACUCAAGCUCGUCUUACACAAUUAUUAACAAAAUUAGAAGACUUGGGAAAUGGCUUAAACAUGAAAGAUUUUAGCCAUUUACAAGCUGAAAAUCAGGCUUUAGAUAAGAAAAUAGAAGAACGCAAUGCCGAACUUAACAAACUCCAUCUACGUUGCCACAAAGAUUUACAUACCUUGGCCCACUAUAAGGAAAAACAACAAAUGCUUUGCACCAACAUUACCAUACAAACGUCGGUAUUAGAUGCUCUCAUGGAGAACAAACGUAUGCUAAGAGAGCAUUUAUAUACUUUGAAAGUGCAACGCAAUCGUAUGAAUGGCCAAAUAAAGAAACUAAGUGCUCAGGGAGGCCUUUUAGAUAAACCGGCUCUGAUGUUUGAUUACGAUCAUACGGUGGAACGUUGCCGUGAACAAAGGGAAAUUGUUAAUCGUUUAAGACAAACUAAACGUUUGAUCCAGAGGAAAAUCGAUGAGAUAGUUAAACAUUGUUCACAGGGUAUAUCCAAUUGAAUGACAUUUAAUUAACUUGUUGCAUUUGUAGCUUGAGGAGAAAACAUAAUUUAUUAAA